CCGCACCGGCUUCCGGCUGCCCGCACCUCGGCCUCCGCCGCCGCCGCCGCCGCCGCCCCGCAUGCUGCCCCGCGCCGGGCGGGCCGCACUGCCCCCGCUGCUCCGCUCCCUGCGCCCCGCCGCCGCCAUGAGCACCGGCAGCUUCCUCGUUUCGCAGCCGCUCAACUACCGCGGCGGCGCCCGCCUGCAGCCCGCGGACGCCUCGGGCUCCGAGACGGCGUUCGAGCCGGCCACCGGCCGCGUGAUUGCCACUUUCACCUGCUCCGGAGAGAAGGAGGUCCAUCUGGCUGUUCAGGAUGCCAAGGCCGCCUUCAAAAUAUGGAGUCAGAAGUCGGGCCUGGAGCGUGGCCGGAUCCUCUUGGAGGCCGCCAGGAUCAUCAGGGAGCGGAAGGAGGAAAUCGCCACCUUGGAGACCAUCAACAACGGCAAGUCCAUCCUGGAGGCCCGCCUGGACAUCGACACCUCCUGGCAGUGCCUGGAGUACUACGCGGGCCUGGCAGGAUCCUUGGCUGGCGAGCACAUCCAGCUCCCCGGCGGGUCCUUCGGUUACACCAGACGAGAGCCGCUGGGCGUGUGCGUGGGCAUCGGAGCCUGGAACUACCCCUUCCAGAUCGCCUCCUGGAAGUCGGCCCCCGCCUUAGCUUGUGGAAACGCCAUGGUCUUCAAGCCGUCCCCCUUCACGCCGCUGUCUGCGCUGCUGCUGGCCGAGAUCUACACGGAGGCGGGGGCGCCCCCCGGCCUCUUCAACGUGGUGCAGGGCGGCGCCGCCACCGGCCAGCUGCUGUGUGAGCACCGCGACGUGGCCAAGGUCUCCUUCACCGGGAGCGUGCCCACCGGCACCAAGAUCAUGGAGAUGUCGGCGAAAGGAAUCAAACCUGUCACCUUGGAACUCGGAGGCAAGUCUCCCCUGAUCAUCUUCGAAGACUGCCACCUGGAGAACGCGGUGAAGGGGGCGCUGAUGGCCAACUUCCUCACGCAGGGCGAGGUUUGCUGUAAUGGCACAAGAGUGUUUGUGCAAAAGAAAAUUCUUGAUAAAUUCACAAAGCAAGUGGUGGAACAGACCCAGAGGAUAAAGAUUGGAGACCCCCUUCUGGAGGACACCAGGAUGGGCCCCCUCAUCAACCGGCCGCACCUGGAGCGAGUCCUCGGGUUUGUGAAAGUGGCCAAGGAGCAGGGGGCUAAGGUGCUGUGUGGGGGAGACCCGUACGUACCCGAAGACCCCAAGCUGAAGAAUGGCUUUUUCAUGAGACCUUGUGUGUUGGGCCCGGCGCCCGCCCUGGGAGCAGGUGGAUUCGGCCACCGGGACUCCCGGUCUCUCCCGUUGUUCGGAAGCGGAGCUCGAGAGAGGAAAGGGCGCAUUGGUGACUGCAGGGAUGACAUGACCUGCGUGAAGGAAGAGAUCUUUGGGCCCGUUAUGUCCAUUCUGUCGUUCGACACUGAGGCGGAGGUUCUGGAACGAGCCAACAACACCUCCUUUGGACUCGCCGCCGGCGUCUUCACCAGGGACCUCCAGCGCGCUCACCGCGUGGUGGCCGAGCUGCAGGCCGGCGUGUGCUACAUCAACAACUACAACGUCAGCCCCGUGGAGCUGCCCUUCGGCGGCUACAAGAAGUCUGGGUUUGGCAGAGAGAACGGCCGGGUGACCAUUGAGUAUUACUCACAGCUGAAGACCGUGUGUGUGGAGAUGGGCGACGUGGAGUCUGCUUUCUGAGAGCCAGCUGUGAACCCCGUGGACGUGCCAGGCUGAGCCGUGAGACCGGUGGAGGCCUUGCAGGGCAUCAGUGCGACCCAGACGCGGUCUCGUGGGUCCACGCCUGGCUCAGCGUCACUCUCGUCACUCAGGCAUCUUCCCUGAGGGCGCACAAGUGCCUUGGUUCUAUGGAGAAGCAGUGAGUGCCAUCCUGAACCGCCCGAACCCCUUCUGGAGACGGACCAGGGCCAGGCCUCCGAGCCCUGCCCUCUGCUGUCUCGCUUGCCUGGAAGAAUGUGUUCCUUUCAGGUUCUGUGGACCCACAGCAGCUGCCUUAAGCUCUGGCUCUUUUCCUUCUACAGAAAGCUGAUGAUCGGGAAGGGAGGGGACUAGAUACUGGGCAGGUCAGCGGUGAACGGUAACUGGCCUAGAAAGGUUUUGUUUCUGUGGAGCUGCGGGAGAGGACACGUCCUCUGCUUUGAACUUCAGCUUGCUGUCUGGAUGCAGCAGUUCCUGUUAAAUGUGCAAAUUAUUUGCCAAAUAGCUGCACUAGAGCCAAAUAAAUCACACUGUUCAU